AUGAAUGCAGGCAUGGCAAAUUGACGGUGCCAUAUUUGGGUGUGGGUGUGACCGUGUGAGUGUGAGUGUGAGUGUGAGUGAACUGGUUUCUAGAUUUAUAAAAACAAAAUAAAAUGUUACAGAGAAGAAAGGUUAGCAGGAAUCAAGGUUAUAUAUAACUUGAAAACAGUGCAUUAACCUGACUAGAUUCUCAUUCACCUCAAUAGUCUCAAACUCAAAACUCUCAUCUCUCUCUCUCUCUCUCUCUCUCUCUCGAUGUCUCUCUGAUUCCCACUUUCUAUUUCCCGCCAAAUGACAACAAUAUCCUUUUACUUCUUCUUCUUCUCCUUCUCAUCAACAGCACCGCCAUGAAUACAACCUCUGUUUCUCAUCCCAUCUCCACCUUCUCACUCUGUCUCAUCUCCAUCUUCAUCUCCUUCGCUCUUCUUCAUCGAAUUCCUCCUCCCUCUACCCAAUCCCCGACCACCUUCAACUCUUCUCUUCCAAACCAAAUCAGCCGCAGCAACUACAUCGUUCGCUUCGUCAACUACCAGACCGCGCAAGCUCACCGUGAGUAUUUGGAGCUAGGUUUCCGCUCGGGUGGAUGGGGAUGGAUCGAGCGGCGCAACCCGGCCGCCAACUAUCCGACUGAUUUCGGAUUGGUUUGGAUCGACGACGGCGCCAGAGAAACGGUGAUUCGAGGGAUUGGGAGUUUGGAGCUCGUCAAAGAUGUGAAUUUGGAUGUGGCUUACAGGAGGGAUUUGCUAAACGAGAAGACGACCGAAAGGGAUAGAGUUGGGGCUUUUGUCGAUGGCGAGAAGCGGCCUGGUAAGAUUUUCACCUCAAUGUCUUUCGGCGAUGGCGAUGGCGAUGGCGAUGUUCAGUAUUACACUGCGAUUGCUAAUUCUACGAUUAGUUGGAGAAGGCAACUCUUGUCACACAGAUCUCAAGUCACUUCAUUAUUUGGAGCGGAGGCUCUUUGGGGAAAAGGUUAUACUGGAUCAAAAGUCAAAAUGGCCAUAUUUGACACUGGAAUCCGAGCUGGUCACCCGCAUUUUCGUAAUAUCAAGGAGAGGACCAACUGGACCAAUGAGGAUACACUAAAUGACAAUCUUGGACACGGGACAUUUGUUGCUGGGGUUAUUGCUGGUGUAGAUGCAGAAUGUCUUGGUUUUGCCCCCGACACAGAGAUUUAUGCUUUUCGAGUGUUUACGGACUUACAGGUAUCAUACACAUCUUGGUUCCUUGAUGCGUUCAACUACGCCAUUGCAACCGAUAUGGAUGUGUUAAAUUUGAGCAUUGGUGGACCUGAUUAUUUGGAUCUUCCCUUUGUUGAGAAGGUUUGGGAAAUAACUGCAAACAAUAUAAUUAUGGUUUCAGCAAUUGGAAAUGACGGACCCCUUUAUGGAACUCUCAAUAAUCCAGCAGACCAGAGUGACAUUAUUGGUGUUGGUGGCAUUGACUACAGUGAUCAUAUUGCUUCUUUUUCCUCACGAGGCAUGAGUACUUGGGAGAUUCCUCAUGGUUACGGUCGGGUGAAGCCUGAUGUUGUUGCAUAUGGGCGGGACAUAAUGGGAUCUAAGAUCAGUACAGGUUGCAAAAGCUUAUCUGGCACUAGUGUGGCAAGUCCAGUGGUUGCUGGUAUGGUAUGUCUACUCGUUAGUGUCAUCCCUGAAAGCAGUCGGAAGGACAUUUUAAAUCCUGCAAGCAUGAAACAAGCACUCGUUGAGGGAGCUGCAAAGCUUUCUGGUCCUAAUAUGUAUGAACAGGGUGCAGGCAGAGUUAAUCUGUUAGAAUCAUAUGAAAUCCUUAAGAGCUACCACCCACGUGCAAGCAUCUUUCCAAGUGUUCUUGAUUAUACCGAUUGCCCUUAUUCUUGGCCCUUUUGCCGUCAAUCCCUUUAUGCAGGUGCCAUGCCCGUUAUCUUUAAUGCUACAAUACUGAAUGGAAUGGGUGUAAUUGGCUAUGUUGAAAGUCCUCCAACAUGGCAUCCUUCUGAUGAAGAAGGGAAUCUUCUAAGCAUUCAUUUUACUUAUUCAGAAGUUAUUUGGCCUUGGACUGGCUAUUUAGCCCUUCACAUGCAAAUUAAGGAAGAAGGAGCUCAAUUUUCCGGAGAUAUUGAGGGUAAUGUGACUCUUAGGGUGUAUAGUCCUCCAUCUCAGGGAGAGAUGGAAAAUAGAAUCAGCACCUGUGUGCUUCAGCUUAAGUUAAAAGUUGUUCCAACUCCACCAAGACCAAAACGAGUAUUGUGGGAUCAGUUUCACAGUAUCAAAUAUCCUCCUGGUUAUAUUCCAAGAGAUUCACUGGAUGUCCGUAAUGACAUUCUAGAUUGGCAUGGAGACCACCUGCAUACAAAUUUCCACAUUAUGUUCAACAUGUUACGAGAUACCGGUUACUAUGUUGAAACACUUGGUUCUCCUCUUACAUGUUUUGAUGCCAGCCAGUAUGGGACACUUCUGCUUGUAGAUCUUGAGGAUGAGUACUUCCAAGAGGAAAUUGAUAAGCUGAGAGAUGAUGUUAUUAAUACUGGAUUAGGAGUGGCUGUAUUUGGUGAGUGGUAUAAUGUGGACACGAUGGUGAAGAUGAGAUUCUUUGAUGAUAACACACGGAGCUGGUGGACACCGGUUACCGGAGGUGCAAAUAUUCCAGCACUGAAUGACCUUUUGGCCCCAUUUGGGAUUGCCUUUGGAGACAAGAUUUUGAAUGGUGAUUAUUCCAUGGAUGGUGAGCAGAGCAGAUAUGCAUCUGGAACAGAUAUUGUGAGGUUUCCAAGAGGUGGUUAUGUGCACAGAUUUCCUUUCUUGGAUAGCUCAGAGAGUGGUGCGACUCAGAAUGUACUGCGGACUCCUGAAAUGACUGUGGCUGACUCUCCAAUUCUUGGACUCACAGAGGUAGGUGAAGGUCGUGUUGCAGUCUAUGGAGACUCCAACUGUUUGGACAGUAGUCAUAUGGUAACACAUUGUUAUUGGCUCCUGAGGAAAAUAUUGGAUUUCACCAGUGGGAACAUCAGGGAUCCUGUCCUUUUUGCUAACUCAGCUAAACAAGAUUCGCCCUUAUACGUGGAAGACAGCCAAUUACCAUCUCGCAGAACGGAUGUGAAUUUCUCUUCAUAUUCUUCUGUCUUGGGGAAGGAACUAAUCUGCAGGAGUGACUCCAAAUUUGAGAUGUGGGGUUCUAAAGGCUACCAUAUACAGGUUAGAGGAAGAAACAGAAAACUGCCAGGCUAUCCUGUGAUUGACUUGGGCAGAGGUUUAAAUUCUACAGUCGAUGUUUCCAAAUCAAGGCGCUCAACAAUGUUUAAGAAAAAUAAGGAUGAAUUUUUGGUAAACAGAUACUUGGGUCUAUUCUAUAGGGAUGAGCCUGAUAUGCCGUUGCUGGUUGGCAGCCAUUGGCUUGUUCCUUCAAUAAUUGCCGUAAUUGGUCUUCUUGUAUUCUUGAGCUUCUGGCGUAUCAGACAAAAGCGACGACGGCGGAGGAAAGGAUCUGGCUCUAGCCGGUUUUCUAAUAUGUAGUCCGGAAUUAAUUUUCCAGUAGCUCUAUUUUCUUUUCUUAUUUUCUGGGAAGGCCUGGUUUUCUUUACUUCGUAGUCAGUCUCAUUAAACUCCUAAAGAAUUUUUUGUAAUGUAAUGUCGUUUCACUAAUUCACAGAAAUCAAAAUAUCAUAAGAGCAAAAUUUUGUA